CCAUCCAUGAAUUUCCCAAUGAUAUUUUCACCAACGCUGAGCGGAAGAGCGGCGGUGUGCUGCUGCAUAUAAUAGCGGCUCUUUACAUGUUCCUGGCUCUGGCGAUCGUGUGUGAUGACUACUUCGUGACGUCUCUUGAGAAAAUCUGUGAGAAGCUGAAUCUGAGCGAGGAUGUGGCCGGAGCCACGUUCAUGGCGGCGGGGAGCUCAGCGCCCGAACUCUUCGCCUCUGUUAUAGGUGUCUUCAUCACUCACGGUGAUGUUGGAGUUGGGACGAUCGUCGGCUCUGCUGUCUUUAAUAUCCUCUGCAUCAUCGGCGUUUGUGGGAUCUUUGCUGGACAGGUGGUCUUACUGACCCGGUGGGCUGUUUUCCGUGACUCUUUCUUCUACAUAUUGUCUGUAGUCGCUCUAAUUGUGUUCAUCUAUGAUGAAAAGAUUGUGUGGUGGGAGAGUCUGGUGCUGGUGCUCAUGUAUGCUGUAUAUAUCCUCAUCAUGAAAUUUAACGCAAGCAUGCAGAAGUUUUUCACGAGACGAGGCGACAAGAACAUUGCCAAUGGAAACGCAGCGGCCGGCAGUGAACUGGAGGACGUCAAGUCCAGUAAGGUUUACAGUCGAGGUUCGGUGCUCAUGGUUGAUGAAAUCAUGAAUGCCAGUCCUCCGAAUUACCGUUUCCCUGAAGCCGGUCUCCGUGUGAUGGUCACAAACCACUUCGGACCCAAGACUCGUCUGCGCAUGGCCAGCCGUCUCAUUAUAACAGAGCGUCAGAGGUUGGUCCAGUCGGCUAAUGGUGUGGAGACAGCUGUGGUGGACGGCAAACCAGACAUCGAAAAUGGAAACAUGCCAGAAGACAAAACCACUGAAGAGAAAGAGAGUGAACUCACCUCACCGUUCAGACUUCCAGACGGCUGUGUGAACGGAACUAAAUGGCUGAUCUCUUGGCCGCUGUUGUUGAUCCUGUACUUCACCAUCCCAAACUGUGCCAAGUCUCGCUGGGAGAAAUACUUCAUGCUCUCCUUCAUCCUCUCCACCGUCUGGAUCGCCGUCUUUUCCUACUUCAUGGUGUGGAUGGUGACGAUCAUUGGAUACACGCUCGGCAUUCCCGACGUCAUCAUGGGCAUCACGUUUCUGGCGGCGGGCACGAGCGUCCCGGACUGCAUCGCCAGCCUGAUCGUGGCUCGUCAAGGUCUGGGAGACAUGGCCGUGUCCAACACCAUCGGCAGUAACGUCUUUGACAUUCUGGUGGGGCUCGGCGUUCCCUGGGCGCUGCAGACCAUGGCAGUCAGUUAUGGAUCAGUUGUGAUGAUAAACAGUCGGGGACUGGUUUACUCCGUGGUUUUGCUGCUGGGAUCUGUCGCGCUCACCAUUCUCGGGAUUCAUCUGAACGGGUGGAAGCUGGACUUCAAGCUGGGCGUCUAUGUGCUGGUGCUGUACGCCAUCUUCCUCUGCUUCUCUAUCAUGAUCGAAUACAACGUCUUCACCUUCGUCAACCUGCCCAUGUGUCAGGAAGACUAGACUCCGUAUCCCAGAAUGCACUGUUCUGAUGUCACAAGCUCCAGAACCAUCAUCACCUCAGACUGGACGAAUGCUAGUCUUCAUUAGCACCAACACUUUAUUCAAGCUUUUGUUUGACUCAUCUCACUGUGGACAGAGAAAUAGAUUCGAUCUUCUACUUAAGCUCAUUUUCCUGAUUCUGACCCCAGAAAGAGGAGGAACUUCUCCUUGGAAGCUCUUCUCUUCUAGUUGAGAUCUUUAAUGUACCAGAAUGCAUGGCAAACACGGAGCGUGUGGACGCCUGGAUAAGCAUUCAUCCUUUUCUACAUGUCUACACUGAUGUGUUUCUUUUUCUUGUCUAACCACUGAAUCUCUUCAUGAAGAAUUUAUCGCUCACACAACUGUGAAUUAUUUUGCAGAAUAUCACUUUUUUCGGUGAGUUAUAAAUAAGCAAAACAUUUAGAAAUGCAAGAGAAACUAACAUUCUCUGCUAGUACUGUGUCCUAGAAUCAGGUGCGAUCUGCCAUGCAAAUCAGUGCAAUCUCAUUGGUCUAAAAAUCUGCAUAUUAAUCAGCAACAGUGGCAGCUGGCUGUGAUUGGUGCAGCGUUGUCUUUCAUUGCAGAUGGACUAAUUUCUCGUCAUCUGAAGC